AUGCUACUUAUGCACGAUUUCAAGCUUGAAAACUAUAGUCACAUCGGACAUGGUUCAAUUCGGCAUUCCAGUCCUGCAGCCAUUGUUAUGUUGAACAUGGGAGGACCUUCAAUGGUACCAGAGACCUAUGACUUCCUCGGACUAUCCAUGGAUGGCGACCUUAUUCCAUUGCCUUUUCAACGUAUCACUCCUCUUAUUGCUAAGUGGCGGAUACCUCAAGUCGAGAAGCAGUACACUGACAUUGGUGGUGGCUCUCCCAUCCUUCAAGUAUACAGAGAUACAAGGAGCUGGUAUGAGGAAGCGAUUCUAGUCCCCAUCAUCUUCAUGAGCGAUCAUAUUGAGACACUUUACAAGCUGGAUCUCGAGUAUAUGAAAGAGGGAAAUGAUCUAGGGAUAGAGUUGGAUCAGGCAGAGUCAUUGAAUGGAUCUCCUUACGAGGAAGAUUAG